GCUAGGCUUAAUGGUAAAAGCAAGAUGAUGCUAGCAGCUAGUGGGAAUCCAUAGAUACUACAGCAUUUGUUUAAGUUUCUUUUAUUACCAUCUUUUUGCAGCUAUGAAAGGAAAAAAGAAACUCCAUAUUAAGGAGGCCUUUGAGCAGGCUCAAAAACCUCACCAAAAUCAUGCAAAACUAGUGACAUCUUUGAAGUGCACAUACAAAAUGUUGCAGGACAAAAAUUGUUUUCAUGAGGAGUUUGUUCAUUACCUUAAGUAUGCCAUGAUAAUCUACAAACGAGAACCUGCAGUAGAACAAGUGAUAAAUUUUGUGGCGAAGUUUCUUGCUUCUUUUUAUGAGUCAGAAAAAGAUGACGCUGAAGAGGAAGAAGUAGAGAAUUCACUUCUGAAUUAUUUGUUCAACUUUCUGCUUGAGUCUCACCAGGCUAACAGCAAUGCAGUCAGAUUUCGAGUGUGCCAGCUCAUUAAUAAACUUUUGGGAAGUCUGCCAGAGAAUGCUCAGAUUGAAGAUGAGCUGUUUGAUCAAAUUAACAGUGCCAUGCUGCUCAGAGUGAAAGACAAAGUUCCAAACGUGAGAGUUCAAGCUGUGCUGGCAUUAUCUAGACUUCAAGAUCCAAAGGACAAUGAUUGCCCUGUGGUUAACAUUUACAUCAAUUUGAUUGAGAAUGAUUCUAAUCCAGAAGUCAGGCGUGCUGUAUUGUCAUGUAUUGGUCCUUCAGCUAAAACUCUGCCAAAAAUCCUGGGCCGUACCAUGGAUGUGAAAGAGACAGUCAGGAAAUUAGCAUAUCAGGUUCUGGCAGAAAAGGUUCAUAUGAAAGCUUUGACAAUAGCCCAGAGAGUAAAACUUUUGCAGCAAGGACUUAAUGAUAGAUCAGAAUCUGUGAAAGAAGUCGUGCAGAAGCAACUUCUUCAAGCCUGGCUACGUCUGGCUGAGGGAAAUGUGUUAGAAUUGCUUCAUCGGCUGGAUGUGGAAAGUUGCCCUGAAGUGGGUGUUCCAGCACUUAAUGCCAUGUUUUCACUGUCUCCGCUCAAUGAUUUGAUUAAAAACUAUUCAGACCUUGAUGACAGGAAAGUAAUUCCAAUAGAAAAAUUAACUGCCGAGAGUGCCAUAUUCUGGAAGGCUCUUUGUGAGUACUUGAAAUCUGCAGGAGAAGAAUUUUUAGAAUGCAUUCUUCCAGAGCCUGCCGUAUAUGCAGAAUAUCUGUUAAGUUACCUUCAGAAUAUGCCAGUUCUCAGUCAAGAAGAAAAAGAAGAUAUGGCCUCUGUUGAACAUUUGAUGACCAAAGAAUUUAUAGGUCAGCAGCUGAUUUUUAUGAUAGACUGUAUGGAUACCACUGAAGAGGGUGGAAGAAAAAGGCUUGUGACUGUCUUGCAAGAAGUCCUUAUGAUUCCAACCACUUCAACAUCCCUUGUACCACCACUUAUGGAGAACCUGCUCCGUAUUCUCAAAGAUGACGAUAGAAGAAUCCAGAUUGUUGCUGAAAUCAUUUCAGAGGUUCGUGAAGCAGUUAUUACAGUAGAAGAUCUGCCAGAUGCAACUGAAAUAAGAAAGCAACAGCUUAAAUUGGCUGAAAUAAAAGUAAAACUUAUGGAAGCAAAAGAUGCCCUGGAGAAAUGUGUGGCCCUGCAGGACUUCAGUCAUGCAUUGUUGUUAAAAGAGAGGAUUGUAGAACUGGAAGGCAUUAAAAAGGACCUGUUAAAAGAGGCAGAAGAGCCUCAACCCAAAGAAAUAUGCACGGAAAAGAACGAUCCUGAAACACUGCUGAAAUGUCUGAUGAUGUGCAAUGAACUUCUAAAGCAGCUCUCCCUUUCUAAAGGAUUAGGUCCAACAAUGGAUGGAAUAAUUGAAUCCUUGAUAAUUCCAGGAAUUACUAAUAUCCACCCAACUGUAAGAAAUAUGGCAGUUUUAUGUUUGGGCUGCUGUGGUCUGCAGAGCAAAGACUUCGCUAGCCAGCACCUUGCGUUGCUAUUGCAGGCCUUGCAAAUCGAUGAAAUGAAAGUAAAAUUAAGUGCUUUAAAAGCUGUCUUUGACCAGCUGAUGAUGUUUGGAAUAGAACCGUUCAAAGCAAAAAAAGGAAAUGACUCCCAAAGUGAAAAUGGAGAGAAUGAAAAUGAGGUGGUGACUAGGGAAACUGAAGAAGAAACUGCUACAACCCACAAUCUCCUUCAGCUUCUUUCCGGGUUCUUGGACAGUGAGUUUUCAGAACUCAGAACCGAAUCUGCCGAGGGCCUCGCCAAGCUAAUAUUCUCUGGGCGACUCAUUAGUGCUAAGCUUCUUUCUCGGCUUGUUUUGUUGUGGUAUAAUCCACUAACUGAAGAAGAUACUCGUCUCCGACAUUCAUUGGGAGUUUUCUUCCCUUUAUUUGCUUACUCAAAUAGGGCUAAUCAGGAGUGCUUCGAAGAAGCUUUUCUUUCAACUUUGCAAAUAUUAUUUAAUGCUCCUGCAUCAUCCCCAUUGUCUGAAGUUGAUAUAACUAAUGUUGCUGAACUGUUUGUGGACUUGACAAGACCAAGUGGACUGAAUCAACGCACAAAGAAUUCCCAGUGUUACCAGGGUUUGACAGUUCACGAUAAUUUAGCAAUGAAAAUAUGCAAUGAAAUGUUGAUGGAUCCGAGUGCACCGGAUGUCCGCAUCUAUGCAAAAGCUUUGAGUUCCUUAGAACUCAAUAAAGACUGCUCCAAAGACCUCCUGGUUCUGUUGGAUGAGGUCCUUGAGAAGGUGAAAGAUAAAAUGUGUUUAAGAAUUAUUGAAAAAGUGAAGACCGACUUAAACGGUGGAAACCACCUCAGUGGAGAAAUCUCUAAAGUGGCCAAGGAAAUCAACCUUUCUCAAGUACCUCAAGACGCCGGUGAUCCCAACACUCUGCACAACAGUGACCAAACAUCUAACCCUACUGAGCAGAAUGAGGAAGAAAAUAAAACUAUGGAAAAGAGAGAGAGCACAACUGCAAAGUCAAUACCUACAAGCAAAGCCACAAAAGGUCGGAGAAAAAUGGAAGCAAGAUCUAUGCCGAGAAGAGGAAAUCGUAGAAUUGCAGAUUCUGAUAGUGGAAGCAGUGAAGAAGUUCACCGGCCUGUUUCAGCGGCAAGUUCAAGACCAUCCCGCCGAGCAAAAACAGCAGCUCUUGAAAAAACUAGAAUGAAUCUCUCUAAGCUUUUAGACAAAGAAUUGGUUGAUUGAAAUGUAGGCUAAGUCUACUUGCUAUAAACACACGUUUUAAUAAUUGUAUGUAACAAGUCCAAUACAUAAUUUUCUGAUUUUUAUUUUUGCAAAUGACCUUAGAUGGAGCGUCAUAGGUUUCCAACAAGGAAGACUUGCCUCUUAUAC